AUGCAGUGGCUUUCAAUUUAUGUUUUCCUUUUGGAUUUUAGUCAUCAUUUCUUUCAUCAAGUCACCUGCUCUGCAUCUGAAUUUAAAUUGCAGGGAGAUUAUUUGUUGGGUGGAUUAUUUUCAUUAAAUACUGUUUCUUCAGCAGUACCACAGACGUACCCAGUGGCCCUUGAUUGUGAAAAAUAUCACUUCGAUGGGUCGUCUUAUCGGAUGUUCGAGAUGAUGAGGUUUACAGUGGAAGAGAUUAAUAAUUCUUCCACCCUCCUACCCAAUGUCUCACUCGGCUAUGAAAUCUUUGACUAUUGUUCAAAUCUGCAGAAUUUUCCCUCUGUGUUCAGUUUUAUCUCUGAGAAUGGAUCAAUUCCAGUUCAGAGAUAUUUCAACAAAUAUAAGCCUAAAAUAGUUGCAGUGACAGGACCAUAUGGAAGCACUAGUACAAUGACAGUGGCACCUUUAUUCACUUUGGACCUUAUACCAAUGGUGAAUUAUGGAUCAACAAGUUAUAAACUGAGUAAUAAAAAAAUGUACCCUUCUUUUUUAAGAACAGUGCCAAACAAUAAAAACCUGAUAGAUGUGAUUAUUCACAUUAUUAAAUGGUUUGGAUGGAACUGGGUUGCCUUUAUUGGCGGUCAGGAUGACUACAGUCAAGAUGGCCUGUUUUUUUUUUCCCAAUAUGCCAAAAGAAAUAAUAUCUGUUUGGCCCAGCAGGAUUUACUUGCCCCAAACUCUAACUACACUUCCACGCUGAAUGCAAUAGAAAAACGCAACAUUAACGUCAUAGUGGUUUUUUCUUCCCAAGAAGUAGCAAAAAACUUAAUCAGAGAAGCUAUAAAGCAGAAUAUCAGGAACAAAGUUUGGAUUGCUGGUGAGGUAUGGUCUAUGAAUAAGCAGCUUCCGAAUGAACCAGGAAUACAAAACAUUGGGUACAUUUUUGGUAUUACAGAAACCCAAGUGUCUUUUCCUGGAUUUGAGCAGUUCAUCUACCAUGGACAGAGUAACAGCAAUGUUAUAUACUCGGAAAAUGAUCAAACUCUUCAGCCAGUUAAAAAAAUGUGUAACCAAGACUGUUAUAACUGCUUACUUUUGAGCCCAGAGGAAAUUUUAAAUGAAAAUCCUACCUUUUCUUUUCCUAUUUAUGCUGCCAUCUACACCAUAGCAAAUGCAUUACACAAAGUACUACAAUGCGAUGCAAAUGGUUGCAACAAAAACAUUACCGUUUACCCCUUUAAGCUUUUGAAGGAAAUUAAGAAGCUGGAUUUUUAUCUCAAUGGCCAUAAAAUAAAAUAUGAUCAAAAUGGAGAUCCAUAUGUUUUCUACGACGUGGUCUUCUGGCGCCUUGAACCCAGUCCUCCAGUCUUUGAGAGAAUUGGCACAUACAGCUCAUAUCCAGAAAUUACUUUCACCAUCAAUAGCUCCCUUAUAGGCUGGGACAGUGACACCUCUGUUCCUUUCGCAAACUGCUCAGUCGAAUGUAAGGCGGGAUUCAGAAGGGAAACGGACCGAAAUUAUGCCUGUUGUUUUCAAUGUGAGAUGUGUAAAGAAAACACCUAUGUAAAUUAUACACGAGACCCGUACACUUGCGUCUUGUGUAAUGUAGACGAGUGGUCUGAAGAGGGAAGCACAUUUUGCCAGAAGCGCUCCAUUCUGUAUCUUCAGCACACAAACCCUCUUUCCAUAUUAUUAAUGGUAUUUGCUGCCAUUCUGUUGGUUUUGUGUGUUGCCGUUAUCAUGCUGUUCAUAUACAAUUAUAACACACCUGUCGUGAAAUCCGCCGGAGGCCAUAUGUGUUUCGUCAUGCUAGCUUCUUUGGCUUUGUCUAGUAUAAAUGUGUUCUUUUUCUUGGGAAAGCCAACAGUGAUCCACUGUAUUUUCAGAACUGUGAUGUUUUACUUUUUCUACACCAUCUGUCUUUCCUGCAUGACAGUACGCUCCUUUCAGGUAUUUUGCAUCUUUAAAAUGGCCUCCAAGUUUCCCAAGAUUAACAGAUUGUGGGUGCAACAUAACGGCCAGUGGAUUGUCAUCGCCAUCCUUUCUUUUUUUCAGAUGUUCAUUUGUGUUCUAAGGAUUAGUCUAAAAAUGCCCUCUCCUAUUAAAACAUACACAACAGGUGCAAUUCUCCUUGGCUGUUCACCCGGAAAAGAGCAGACAUACUUUUUAGGUGUAUCAUACACUUGGUUCCUCAGUGUCCUCUGUUUCUUCUUUUCCUAUAUGAGCACUGACCUGCCCAAAAACUACAACGAGGCUAGAGCGAUAGCGUUCAGCAUGCUUCUGUUCUUCAUCAGCUGGUCUUUUUAUUUUACAGUGAUUAAAUUUCCACCAGCAUUGUACAUCCAGUUUUUUAAUGCCGUGGCACAGUUGUGCAGUUUAUAUGGUAUCCUGAUGAGCUACUUUAUCCCAAAGUCCUAUGUCAUCAUUUUUCAGCCACAAAAGAACACUGCAGCAUACUUUCAGACAUCCAUUCAGACAUAUACUCAAACCAUGAGUAGGAUGUAG